AUGUCAACUCGAAAUCUUGAAAUCAAAAUUUUCGAAUUGAAUGAAGGGUUUUAUCCACAUUUUUCUAUACUUUGUUAUAUAUUACCUCCUAAAAAUUGUCCAAUUCCUGAUAACUAUUCUAUAAAAACUACCUGGAGACGUAGAAAAAAUCAACGAACAGUUCAAUGCGAAAUUGAAUAUAAGAAUGGACAUUCAGAAUUUCGAAUUUUAUUUGGCAAACAUAUAUUCAAAUCAGAUGAGUCGGCUAGUAAAGUUGCAACAGAGUAUAAUAAGCUUCAAACACUUAAUGAAGCUAGAAAAUCUCGUAGUAAACGUACGGUCAAACCUGCUAAUCAAUAUUCACAAAAAUCACUUGAAAAUUGUGCAAAAAAAAAAAUUGCAACAACAAUCAAGGAAAAUUUUAUUCAAAGCACAAAAUCCAAUUACCAUCUUCAAGAUUUUAUUGAAUUAAAGUCAUUCAAAUAUACUAUUAAUAAUCAAAAUUAUUUUAUUAAUUUUGAAAAAGAUGAUCCUGUACUAAAAAAAGCUAAACUCUUAAAUAUAGUUAAUAUAAUAGAUUCAAGUUAUAUUUCAUGA